AACGUCGAGAAAGCCUAUAUCUCUUGGGCUACCUGCAGCACAAAAUGGCGAACACAGCGUCCCCCUUCGCACUGCAGCGCCUGCUUGCACGCCUGGACCAUACGCUCUUCUCACCAGAUGCCGACUCACAUCUUCAAAACUCACAGUACGAGCGGAAUCGCGUGGGCGCAAACAUCGAGCACGCCCGGACUCUACUCCUCACUCUAGAAAAGCAGUCUGCUACACUACGCUUAUCACAAGCACAACAGCAACAAGCCAAAGCCGAUCUCGAGCGGAAGCGAGACUGGAUAAAGAAGCUGAAUACCAGAUUACGAGAACUGGACGCUAUCGCCGAGAACGAUGAAGACGAAGACAGCGAGGACGAAAUAGACCGCGAGCAGCAAGGGGAUAUCCUAAGUUCAUACGGUCCAGCUAGGCACGACACAGAAGCUGGUCUGGAAACAGGAGGCGCCGAUCCUGAUAACGCGCAAAAUCGCAGCGGAAAGAUUGAUGCAGCUCACAUUCAACAAGCCAUAUCCUCACAAAUACAAAGCGAGAUACGCUCGCGAGGAGGCAAUGCGCGGCAAUCAAAACUACAAGCAAGUGAUAAUCGCUCUGCAGCAUCAACAUCAGCCCGCGAACAGCUCUUCUCAAAUCGUGCUAAGGAGCCAGCGAACGAUGGAUCCCUUCAGGCCACGGAGACUCUAAUGUCGCACAAUCGUACAGAGCAGGAGUCCCUCACGUCAGGACUAUUGGGGCUCGCAAAAGCUUUGAAGGAGUCAAGUCAGCAGUUUGGUGCGAGUCUUGAAGCUGAGAAGGACAUCUUGAAGAACGCCGAGGGAGGCCUCGACAAGAAUGCUCUAGGAAUGGAUGCCGCGGCUCAGAAAAUGGGCACUCUACGGCAAAUGAGCGAAGGGCAAGGAUGGUGGGGAAGGAUGAAGCUGUAUGCCAUGAUCUUUGGGCUGUGGGUUGCUUGCUUUCUUGUUGUAUUCGUUGGACCGAAGAUAAGGUUAUAA